AUGAGCGGUACCAAACGCAUGGAUAAUUCUGACUCUGGCCAGUCCUUCGAACCCAUCCAACAUACGGAGAUUUUGUUCGUGACGACGGGCAUACUGUUGAACCACAUCCUGUCUGGAGAUCCGAACCUGGAGUCGGUGACGCACCUUAUCCUGGACGAGGUGCAUGAGCGAAGCCUUCACGUGGACUUUAUGCUCACGCUGCUCAAGGAGGGGGCGGGCCGUUUUUUCUCGAGACCGAGCAAUCCGCUCAAGCUGAUCCUGAUGUCCGCCACGAUUCGCGAUGGACUCCGGACGAUUUGCUCGCUACUUCGCAGGGCUGUCGGUCGGCCAGGUGGCCAUCGAGGGCCGCGCCUUUCCUGUGCAGAUUCGGUACCUGGGCGAGAUCCGGGACAUCGUCCGGCGUCGGGGGCGCCUCACGCGACCCAGCUGGUGGAUUUCUCCACGCUCGUGGACGAGUGCAAGUUCGGCCCGCCCGACAUGGAGGGCGUGUCGGACGCCGGGGCCACCAGUGUGCAGCCCUCGAUGUUCCUGUCCCCUGCGGCAGAGGUGUCGUCGGGGCCGCGGGGUCUGGUCGACGCCGCGCUGCUGUGCGAAGUGGUGAAGACGAUACUCGGGUGCUGCUUUGACGCGGACUCGGGCGAUGGAAAGGGGAUUCUCGUCUUCUGCCCCGGCGCGGCCGAAAUCGACUACUGCUUCUCGGAGCUUGGACACGCUCUAGGGUGCAACCAUGGUGCCGAGUUGAUGCGCCUGCACGGGCAACUCCCUCCAGAGGAACAGAGAAGGGUUUUGGACGAGCCGAAGAAGGGAGUUUCCCGCGUGAUUCUAAGCACGAACGUGGCCGAGACGAGCGUCACCGUCCCAGGCAUCACAGAUGUGGUUGAUUUCGGGUUGAUGAGGGAAUUGUUCAUUCUCCUGGUAGCUCGCUAUGACCCCGCGUCGAUGAGGCAGAGCCUGAUCCCCGUCUGGGUGCCUCAAGCUGCUGCCAGGCAGCGUGCAGGUCGAGCGGGCCGCGUCUGCUCGGGCAGGUGCUGGCGGCUGUUCGACAAAGGUUGGUAUUGUGACAGCGGCGACGUUCCCUCGGAGAACCCCCCAGAGAUGCUUCGGACCUGCCUCGAGGAGAGCUCGUGCUGCUCCUGCUGUUGCGCAGCGGCAGCGGCUGCGAAGCCCACAGCAGCACAGAGAGCGGGCUGCUCCGCUUCCUGGCCGCGGCCCCUGACAGUCCGCCGCCUGAGGCCGUGGUGGCGGCGGUUCGCCGGCUGUGGGAGCUCGGUGCGGUUCGUUACGGGAGCGCCGUGCGUGAAGGAGCGGCAGACCGGGAUGCAGCAAGAGCUGCAGACGAAAGCGAGCUGA